CGUUUCCAUCAAAUGCCGAGAUGGGAGUUGAGUGUGUUGUAGUUGUAGCUUUUGUGUUUUUCUAAUAAACAGACGUAUUUUUAAGUGAAAUUGUGUCUAAAAUCGUGACAAUAAUGUUCGUGGACUAAAUUUUGGAAUAUAUGGUCAACAGUUUAUAAUAUAAGCUCAAAAUAUGGAUGGCCAACGUGCUUUAGAACUGAUGCCUCUGCUGCAAGAGCGCCUAGUGAUUUUGACUGGUGGCCGAGAUAGACGUGGAGGCCCUGUGUUAUCAUUUCCUGCCAGUCCCCGUAGAGAACGUGCUAAACCGGAAGAUUAUAAACGUCUUCUGCAGUAUUUAAUGUCCAUUCCCAAUGACGAAGCGAGGGCUUUGGGUUUUACGGUAUUGGUCGAUAUGCGUGGAGCAACUUGGUCUACAGUCAAGCCUAUUUUAAAAGCAUUACAUGAACAUUUUCCACCUGGAGCCGUUCACCAGGCACUCAUUGUUAAACCGGACAACUUCUGGCAAAAACAGAGAACUUCGCUUGGUUCCCAUAAGUACAAAUUUGAGACAAAUAUGAUAAGUAUAGAGGCCUUGUCAAAAAUAAUAGACACAUCGCAGUUAACAUCAGAUCUCGAUGGUACGCUAAGUUAUGAUCAUUCAACUUGGCUAGAAAUUAGGCUUGCUGUAGAGGAAUUUGCGUGGCAAGCCGCUGAUCUUUUGGAUCGUUUAGAUGAUCUACAGGAAGACCUUGCAAGAAACGAUUUCGCCGAUGAUGUCAGUGGAGCGAAGCACAAAAUAGACUUACAUAACGAAAUGAAAAAGAAAAUUAUGAAAGCUCCUGUGGAAGAUAUUGAUGUAUUAGGUCAACGGUUGCUGCAAAAAAUUUGUGGGAGCGAUACGGGCCAAGGAGGUGGCGGAGGCGGCGGCGGCGGUGGUGGAGGAGGAGGAGGAGGGGGCGGCGGCGGGGGAGGAGGCGGCAGAGAAUCGGAUUCUCCUAAUAAUACUAACUCGGAUACUACAGACAUAAAAAAUUUAGUUCUGCAAAAUUUGGAGGCAGUGCACACUUCACAGCAGCAUCUCCUUCAACUUUGGCACCAAAAAAAAUUAAAAUUAGAUCAGUGCUUUCAGUUAAGGUUGUUUGAACAGGACUGCGAAAAAAUGUUCGACUGGAUCUGCCACAACCGUGAUGUGUUCCUUUUAAAUUACGUAGAAAUCGGCCAUACUUACCAACUAGCUAAGCAAUUACAAGAAGAACACCAACAUUUUACUAUGAGUUCCAUGAAUGUAUACGUUAAUAUUAAUAGAAUACUCUCCGUGGCUAGUCGUUUAAUCGAGGGUGGUCAUUACGCUGCUACUCACAUCAGAUCUGUCGCAAGCAGAUUGGAUAGAACAUGGAAGGAUUUUGCUGCGGGUUUAGAUGAAAGGACAGCAGUGUUAGCUUUAUCAGUGAUUUUUCAUCAUAAAGCUGAACAAUAUGUGGAUAACGUGCCUACUUGGAAGUCUGCGUGUGAAAAUGCCAAUAUACCUUCAGAGAUAAUGAUGUUAGAAAAUUCUAUUCAUCAGCAUCAAAAUUUGUAUGAAUCGAUGUGCCAAGCUUAUACAGAGGUUUAUAACUCAUAUCAGUCACUCCUAAAUGGAUUGGAUGUCAUGUUACAAGUGUGCCAUACUAUACCGACUGCAACAGAUGGAGACGGAAACCAUAGUACAAAUUUUAUUAACGGAGACGGGACAAGCAAUUUCGAAAAUAGACCUGGAGGAAAUCCUGCCGCCGAUUAUAGUGAGGGCGCUAGUCAUGUCUUAGCGGUAAUUCAUCAAAUUUUAAAUCACCAUCGAGCUCUGGAACAAAAGUGGCACGCCAAGAAAAUUAAAUUACAUCAAAGAUUAGCGUUGCGAUUGUUUCAAGAAGAUGUGAAACAAGUGUUGGAUUGGUUAUCUAAUCACGGAGAGGUUUUUAUCAGGAAGAAUACCGGAAUUGGCAGAAAUCUUCAGAAAGCUAGGGUGUACCAGAAGAGUCAUGAACAUUUUGAGAAUGUUGCCCAGAACACCUACACCAACGCCGAUAAACUCCUCGCAGCCGCGGAAGAAUUGGCUCACACCGGUGAAUGCGACCCGGAUGAAAUCUAUUCUGUCGCUCACGAGCUAGAAGCCCAUGUUACAUCUUUUGCCACGAGGGUCGAACAACGACGACGUCGAUUAGACUUAGCAGUACUCUUCUACACCCACGAAAAAGAACUUGGCAAUUGGGUCGACGACCUCAGACAAGAAUUACAAAGUGAUGAAAGCAUCGCUGAAAGCUUAGAAGCCACCGAGAGGCUAUUGGAACAGACGGCCCAACACAGAGAUCAAAGCUUGGAUGCUUGCGCCUCCACCAUUGCCCAGGGAGAAGCUCUGCUUCAGGAACUGAGGUCAAUUGGUGAAAUGGACUCAACCGGUUCGGUAUCAGCUGUAGAAUCUGCUCUUGAUAGACUGGCAAAACAAAGGAGCGAUCUUGAAGAACUCUGGGCAGCCCGUAAAUUACGACUGGACCUUUGUUUAAGAUUGAGAUUGUUCGAAAGGGACGCUCUAGAGGUAUCUUCACAAUUGGAAAUGUGGUCAGAAGAACUCCAACAUAGUGAACUGACCCGAGAUAUCGCAAAAGCCGAACAAUUCCUCCGUCUACACAAUGAAAGCGUCAGUCAGAUGCAAAAUACAACCUAUCAGGUGCUACAACAGGGCCAAGACCUGAUACAAGUCUUCGAAAAUUCCGGAAUAUGUGUGAUGGCCGACGCUCAGUACAACGCUCAAACCAGGGUCCAAGUUUUGCUCGAGUUCCUGCACGACCGCGAAGUCGAUCUAGAGGAUUUGGCAGAAGUGAAAAGAGUUAAAUUGGAGCAGUGCAUUCAGCUGGGGCAAUUUCAGAACGACGCCAAUCAGGUGAUAAGCUGGAUUCGUAACGGAGAGUCGAUGUUGAUGGCUAGUUUCACCAUUCCGAAUAGCCUGGCGGAUGCGGAAUUAUUGAAAAAAGAACACGAACAGUUUCAAGUUGCCAUUGAGAAAACUCACACUUCAGCCGUGCAAGUCAAAUAUCGAGCCGACGCUCUCAUAAAUGCCAAUCACUACGACCCGCAAAGCAUCCGAGAAAUAUCAGAAGAAGUCACGAAACGGUGGCAGCAAUUAGUUACUUGUGCCGAAGAGCGCCAUAAGCUUGUAACGGCGAGUUUGAACUUUUAUAAAACGGCCGAACAAGUCUGUUCGGUGCUGGAUAGUUUAGAAAGGGAGUAUAGAAGAGACGAGGACUGGUGUGCUACUGGGCAACAGAACGUGGACAAGGCUACUUCAAUCUCGCAGCUGAUCAAUAAACACCAGGAACAAAAAGAAGCAUUUCUGAAGGCUUGUACGUUGGCAAGACGGACAGCAGAAACAUUCCUAAAAUACACAACACGCAGCCUGCAAUUUUACAAUUAUUCUAACACCACAAGCAAUCACGAAACUCGGGUAAAGGGGAUUUUAGAGAAACUUUUGAGCCAAGAAAAUAAAGUUCUGGAACACUGGACCCAACGCAAGAAACGUUUAGAUCAGUGUCAGCAGUUUGUUCUUUUUGAGCGAUCUGCCAAACAAGCUAUUGAAUGGAUACACGACACGGGCGAAUGUUACCUAACUACCCAUGCAACGAAUUUAGGAAAUAAUAUUGAAGAAACGGAAAGUUUGCUUCGUGAACACAACGAAUUUAAAGGAACUGCCAAAGAAACGCGAGAAAGAGUAAAAUUGUUAAUUCAGUUAGCAGAUAGUUUGGUGGAAAAAGGUCAUGCUCAUGCUAGCUCCAUUAAGCAAUGGGUAGCUGCUGUGGACAACAGGUAUAAAGACUUUAGUUCGCGUAUGGAACAAUAUAGGCAGCAAUUGGAGGAUACGUUAGGCAUUCAGGCGGAAGAAAGUGAGAAAAAAGAACUCUCAAUUGACAGAAAUUCUGACCCUAGUUUGGAAGCGAAAGUUAAAGAAGCUGCAGCUAAAGAUCUUAAGGAGCUUAAUGAGGAAAAAAGACGUUCCGCUAGAAGGAAAGAAUUUAUAAUGGCUGAACUACUCCAAACCGAACGAACCUACGUAAAAGACCUAGAAACCUGCAUUAAAUGUUUUCUCACCGACAUGCGAACUGGUAACAGUUGCCCUCCUGCAAUUCAUGGAAAAGACGAAAUAAUUUUUGGUAACAUAGAAGAAAUCUACAACUUUCACAAUUCUAUUUUUCUUAAAGAAUUGGAAAAAUACGAAACGAUGCCUGAAGAUGUUGGGCAUUGUUUUGUAACUUGGGCACAAAAAUUUGAUAUGUACGUUCAUUAUUGCAAAAAUAAACCUGAAUCAAAUAGUUUAUUGGUUCAACAUGGUGGAGGCUAUUUCGAAGAACUACAGAAGAAGCAUAAAGUAGAACAUCCAAUUGCGGCUUAUUUAAUUAAACCCGUACAGCGGAUCACUAAGUAUCAACUACUGUUAAAGGACCUACAAUCCUGUUGCCAGGAAGGACAAGGAGAAAUUAAAGAUGGUUUAGAAGUAAUGCUUAAUGUACCAAAGAAAGCUAAUGAUGCCAUGCACCUAUCACUUGUUGAAGGCUGUGAUGUUCCUGCAAAUAAACUUGGUGAAGUCGUUUUGCAAGAUGCCUUUAGCGUAUGGGACCCCAAACAGUUAAUUAGAAAAGGAAGAGAAAGACAUAUUUUCUUAUUCGAAUUGUACCUGUUAUUUACUAAGGAAGUUAAAGAUUCUGCAGGGAAAGUUAAAUACAUUUACAAGAAUAAACUAAUGACCUCAGAGUUAGGUGUUACUGAACAUAUGGAGGGCGAUGAGUGCAAAUUUGCGGUGUGGACGGGACGUGCUCCAAUUUCUGACUAUCGAAUUGUAUUGCGGGCGUCAUCUUUGGACACAAAACAACUUUGGGUCAAGAAACUCCGAGAAGUAAUCCAAGAAACUUACUUCAGUGGUGCUUUACCUUUGUCCCUGCCAAAGAGCCCUGCUAAAUUGAAGCCUCACAGUCAGAGAUCGAGCAGAGAUUUGGAGGAGUGCAAUUCAUUAGACGAAAGUGUUGAAAAUCUGGAUCGAAAUUCACUCACUUCUUUUGGUUCUGGAAAUACGACGGACUCGGAUAAGGCCGGAGUGCUAGAAAUGACAUGGGUAGUCAGCGAUUUCACAGCUACUUGUUCUCAAGAACUGAGUGUGACGAAGGGCCAACAGGUUGAAGUGGUGGAAGUGUGUUCAUCGAAGCCAGAUUAUUGUUUAGUUCGUAUGCCUACUCGUGGUACAGAUCAUGAUUCGUCUGUUCCUGAAGGGCUCGUGCCGCUAGCCGUUCUCAAACAACCACCAGCUCCAAGAAGUUCACCUUCGAGACGUGCUCCCGCAGAUCACGAACUCGACGCCACUUCCAACGAUACCUCAGGAACAGUCAACACAUCCUCGCCAGUUAACAAACGGAGGGGAUUCAGUGGGCGGAAAUGGUUACCACCACCACUCCGAAAGUUGUCACAGGGUAAAGUGGAUAAAACACAACCUACAGCAUUGGAACGACCACCACUCAAGAAGACUGGCUCUGAUAAGAGAAUUAAGGUACCGUCUGACAUGGGCAACAAACCUUCAGUCUCCGAGGGUGAGGACGACGAAGACAGACUGCAUUCGUCGUUGAAAGGUGCAAAAUCCCUGGGUGCAGAACUGACGAAUGGAGGUGGAGAAGACGCCGAUGAAGAGGUAGAACUACCACCUCCGAUGAAACCGAUACAGGAACCCAUAGUGGUUACUUCAACACCACCAGGAGUUCCAGAUAUCGAAGAAAAUCCUUGCAAGAGGGUUUCUAGUCUAACUUUAAAAUCACUAGAGGGUGCGACGUCUGCAGAUUUGGCUGAAAUUGAACAGAUUGUUAAGGAGAGAAUGGAGCAGAUAUCAGAGAGUCAAGAACGCAAUUCGGGGUUGCGGGACACAAAGUCAGCUGACGGCAUUUCUGAGUGUGGUGACCCGACUCAUCGUGAAUUAUCGGCACGUAAUUCUUCAAACGAAGCAACUGCGCUCCCGCUUAGUGGUGACGAAAGUGAUAAACCGUCCGAAGACAAUGUAGAUGGCGGUAAAAAGAUAGAAAGUUUGUUGAGAAAGAGACAAUUUGUAUUACAAGAGCUUGUGGAUACAGAAGAAGCGUACGUGCGUGAUUUAUCUUUGAUUGUUGACGGUUAUAUCGCCACAAUGAAGGAUCCUGAAUGCGAAAUCACUAUGCCUGACGACCUCAAGAAUGGAAAGGAUAAGAUGGUGUUCGGUAAUAUAGAAGCCAUAUAUGACUGGCAUAAAGAUACUUUUCUAAAGUCUCUUAAGAAGGCGGUAGAAAAUCCUACAGAAUUAGCACAGUUAUUUAAGAGGUAUGAACGCAAGCUGCAUAUAUAUGUAGUUUACUGCAAAAACAAGCCAGUUUCUGAAUAUAUAGUAUCAGAACAUUUAGAAUCUUAUUUUGAGGAUCUUAGAGUUAAAUUAGGUCAUAAACUUCAGCUCUGUGAUCUUUUGAUCAAACCUGUUCAAAGGAUUAUGAAGUAUCAGUUGAUGUUGAAGGAUAUUUUGAAAUAUACUGAGAGGGCUGGGCUUACUGCUGAGGCUGAACCACUUAGAGCAGCUUAUGAAAUGAUGGUUAUUGUGCCAAAAGCAGCAAACGAUAUGAUGGAUGUGGGUCGAUUGCAAGGAUUUGAUGGUAAAAUAACAGCACAAGGAAAGCUACUUCUUCACGGCCUUCUAACAUGUACCGAUGCGCAAGGCACCGUUGUUGGAAAAAACAAAGAACUACAAGUGUUCUUGUUCGAACAAAGCAUAAUUUUGUCGGAAAUCGUCGGUAAAAAGACACAGUUCACCAGCCCACAGUACAUCUACAAAACGCACCUCCAAGCGAACAAAAUGAACUUGCACACAGACGAAGAAGGUUUUGUUUUAACAUCAACGGAUCCACAUAAACCUCCGCUUGCUAUUUCUUGCCAAGCCGCUUCGCAAGACCUUCAAGAGCAAUGGUUUGCAAAAAUUAAGGAUAUCCUAGAAAAGCAAAAAGACUUUCUUAAGGCCAUCCAAAGCCCAAUCGCUUACCAAAAAGAGCUUACUAGAGAAGCUUCUCUGUCAGACGCAUCUACAAUGUGGGAUCCUAGUCCUCUUCGGAAAACCGUUUCCAUUCCAUUAACGCCUGCUUCGACAGAUUCCGCUAAGCACCGAAAAAAUUUACAUUACAUUCAUAAAGCAAAUACUAUUGGUAUACCUUCCGAAAACGACCUGGCAGACGCAAGCGAGAGUAAAGUACAGAAUCAUAACAAAACAAGACUGAAUUUCUUUGAAGGAUUUAGAAAUACGUUAAGAUCAAAACAUAAAAGUGAUCCCACUACUUUAGAAUUACAGAAAGAAACUGACAAGAAUGAUGUGCAGAGGAGAUGGUCUGAAGCUAACCAACCCACGUGCGACAAUCAUAUUAUGGCACCAGGAACCCUAGCGCGUCUAACCUGUGAAUGGCCAGAUCUUGUCGUAGGCGAAGUGGUUACCAUAAUACGUUAUGACACAUCUCAUGGCUACUUGGUUCACACACAAACAAGUUCAAACGAAAUCUGGCUACCUCCCCAUGUCUUAUCAAAUUAUAACCGAAAAGCGUGGACAUUUCGCUUUAAAAAACACGCAAGAAGACCCCCCGAUGGUUUACCGCACGACAACAUCAUUCACGAAACUCCUCCCGUACCAGAAUUCCGCGACAAACUAAAAGACGUUACCGUACAGUGUGGUACCAAAGUAGUCCUAAAAUGCCGAAUCAAGCACUGCGGUCAGAACCCAAAAGUUAAGUGGAAAAAACUGGAACCGAACUUGUGCAUUCUACGAAAUGAGCGUUUUAUGUUUGGCCAGGAAGACGAGGGCGUCGCGAUGUUGGUCAUAGAUAACGCCAAAUUAUCAGAUUCAGGAACGUACAGCGUUACAGUGUCCAAUGAAGCUGGAACGUGCCAAUGUUCGGCCGUUUUGACCGUCACUGACCCGUACCCGGCCUUGCAAGAACCGAGAAUACAGGUUAUUUCCUGUUCUAGUGUGUUGUUAGAAUGGGAAAGUGACUUCUAUCAGCAAUUCUGGGUAGAAUAUUGCCAGUUGGGCACGGGAGAAUGGCUUUCACCGAACGAUAAUGGCGUUAUCAAUUCGCAGACAUACACAGUGGAGCAUUUAAUUCCUGGAGAGACGUAUAGUUUUAGAAUAAUCGCUGUCCAGAACAAAUUGGUCAGUCUACCAAGCGUAGCUGUGACCUUGCCGGUAGCAGAUACUUUGAGAUGGCAGCAGGAACAGUUCAGGAAUCGCUACAUCGAAUUAGAGGAAAUAAGCAGGGGACGUUUUUCCGUCGUUCGACGAGCCAAAGAUAGAGGCACCAACGUGGAAGUUGCUCUCAAACAAGUGACCAGGAGGAGGCAGGCUCAGCAUAUCACCCAAUGCGAGUAUAGCCUCCUUGCAGGAAUGCAGCAUGUGAACAUUAUACGAUCGAUGGCACUGUUCGACAACGCGCCACUACCUGGAUUAGACACCAUAGUACUGGAAUUAGUCAGAGGACCAUUACUAUUCACUUUUAUCUGCGAGCAUGACGAGUACACAGAGGACACCGUUAAAACGUAUAGUCGCCAGUUAAUGUCUGCUUUAUCGUGGCUCCAUCAGAAAGACAUCUCGCACUUGGAUAUUAAGCCUGAAAAUGUGAUGGUGGAUUUAUCAAGUUCCUCCCCUGUUUUGAAGUUAGUAGAUUUCGGUGAUUCAGUGAACACUUCCAAAAGCGUCAUAUUGCCACCGGCUUGUUUGGAAUUUGCUUCGCCUGAACUGGUGCUGGGCCAGCCGGUCGGAAAACACACUGACUACUGGGCGACCGGCGUAUUUCUCUACGUCCUUCUCAGUGGAGUUUCCCCAUUCCUGGAUGAUUCAAUGGAGGAGACAACUGCCAACAUUCUGAAAUGUGAUUAUUGUUUUCCCGAUGAUUAUUUCAGAGAAAUUUCUGUUGAAGCCAAAGAUCUUGUUCGUAAAUUAUUAGCACUUGUCCCGUCGCAGAGGAAUAGCAUGGAUCAGAGUCUUACAUCCGCUUGGAUGACCACAGAACAAAAGUCGGUGGUUAUACCUUCCAAUCGAUUGAAAACGUUCAUGCUUCGUAGACAUCCCAUAAACUUACCCACUACACCCACUAGUCCAGCUAAUUCUGAACCAAAUACUUAUAAAAGUUAUAUAUAAUUGACGGAAGUGAUCUGGAUUAGUAUACGGAAUGUGAUAUCAUUGUUAGUCGCGAUCAUAUUUUAGAAUUAUUUCAUUUACUUCAUAGCAUGUUUAGUGUUUUUUAUAUUAGUGUGAUUGUUAAUUUAUUCAUGUGUAAAUAUUAUAUUUUAACUACUAUUAUAACAUCAUUAUUACAAAUUUGUAAAUAAAGAGACUGCUCAAUUUUA